CAUGUCGUCGCGAUAAAAUAAGUGGAAAAGGCUUGAAGAUUUCAGGGAAGACGGAAGAGCAAUUUUGUCGCAUCAAAAUAAUAAAUUCCGCUUUCUUUUCUUGUUCAACAUUAUCUCUAAUACGAUCUUUGAAUACUAGUAACGGUUCAGAUGGCUCAGAGUCCUACAGCGAGUGCUAAAAGGACCCUUCAGACUGAACUGAAGAAAAUCCUCACAGAACCCGUGGAAGGUUUUCUGGUCGACGUUCCUGAUGGGAACUAUUUUGAGUGGGAUGUGACGAUUUUUGGACCUCCUGGAACCCUUUAUGCCUCUGGUUAUUUCAAGGCCAAGAUGACUUUUCCGCAUGACUACCCAUACUCACCCCCAACACUGAAGUUCUCCAGUAGCACCAAGUUGUGGCAUCCAAAUGUCUACCAGAGUGGCGAGGUGUGCAUUUCCAUUUUACACCCACCGGUAGAUGAUCCACAGAGUGGUGAGCCGCCAUCUGAGAGAUGGAACCCAACACUUACUGUCAGAACAAUCCUCCUGAGUGUGAUCUCACUACUGAAUGAGCCAAACACAUUUUCCCCAGCCAAUGUUGAUGCGUCAGUCAUGUUCAGGAAGUGGAGAGAUUCCAAAGGAAAAGAUGACGAAUAUGAACAGGUUAUCAAAAAAUGUGUGGCCGAUUCAAUAUUGGUGGCAAAAAAAGAUAAAGUGAAAGUGCCUACAACGUUGUCGGAAUAUUGUGUAAGCUCGAAACCAAAACAAACUGAAACAUCAUCAUCGGAUGUUGGUGGUGACUUUUACGUUGACGAUUAUGCUGACGAUCAGGAUUACUAUGACGAUGAUGACGAGGAUAAUGCCUUUGAGUUUGAGGACGAUGAGGAGGAUUCUGGGAACGGCGAAUCAUGAUGACAAUGACAUUAAUUUGCCGCUACUAGAAAAAAUUCACAAGAAAAGCCAGACUUGGCUUUUAGUAAAGGUUAAUAAAAACAGCAAAAUAAUGCCAUUGUACAGCACUUUAUGAGUCAAGUCCAUGCAAUGACUAAAAUUUUAGAGUGUGGUCUUAUUCACAUUGGGUGUGCAAACUGUGGAUUAUUGUCAGCACUAUAAGCUGUGUCUUUUCAUGCUACAAAAUCAGAGCUGAAAAAUCCAAUACACAUCCAGUAUAAAGGGUGUUGCUCCAAAAUCAGAAAAACAUUUUUCUGGUUUGAAAACAAAACAUUCAUCCAUGGAAAUAAUCUUUUGGAUGAUGGGGGGUGGGGAGUACGUUUUCAAGCUGUUGAAAUUUCUUAGAUGGCUUACAGGAGGAUGUCUGUUAUUAUUUAUUGCACUGUCCAGUAGUGUUGAUGACGUCACAGUCUGAUUAUGAUAUGUUAAUGAGGAUACUGGUUGUUGUCCCUGUCUUGUAUAGACAAAACACUGCGGAACAUUUUAUAGAUAUUUAUUUUGACAAAAUGUUCCAAAAUUACCCACCCCCUCCUAUGCCUAUCUGAAGUUACGAAUAUUUUACAUUGUUUUAUGUUUAUGUUGUCUAAUUAUUGAAGAAUGUAGUUAAAUUGAAUGAUAAGGCAAUGAAUCUGUAUUAUAAAGUACAUGUAAACGUUGCAGCAAAGAGAUAUGUGUAUUGUAUUGUAAAUCAGUUGAUGUGACUUUUCCAGGGGUUCUAAAUUUCUUCGGACAAACAUGUGUAAUUCCUUUUCUAUUUGGUGGUUUGUAAUAAUGAAUAAGACUAGUACCUUCCAUGUAUAUGAGUAGGUUAUAAUGUACUUCAGAAUGGCAUAAAGGGGGUUGUUGUGUGUUUGACAAUGAAUGGUGCCCCACACAGGGAGUUCAUGUAGGAAGACUUUUUCAUCAUAUCACAAUAGACCCUUAACCACUUCCAAAAAUAUUUAAAAACAGUUUCGCAAUGGAUCUGAUUUUUGCUUUUAAUAGGGGUCAAAUGUUAAUAUUUCUUCAUCAGAUGAAGAAAAUUAGCGAUCUUUUGGGGAAUGUGCUCUAAGUCUCACAGAGGUAAGUCUCCAAAUAAAUAUAUAGGCGAAAAGUGGAUUGAUGGUCUUUUAUUAGCAGGCAAAUUACGGUUGGGGUCACAAGUUGAAUCACCUGGGCUUGAGGCAUAGUCAGUGAAGAUUAUCACAAAAUUUUGUGCAAAUCAUAAUCAGAUAAAACAAACUUGUCUGAUUUUUGUAAAUAGAUGGAACAUUUUAAGUGGUUUUAAAUCAUUUACGUAUUUGUAGUUAUUUGUGUAGGGUUUCUGGGUUUCAAGAUUAUUUACUCUUCAUAACAUGCCAAUGAAAAAAAGACCAUUUGCUUUUACAGAAAUCUGGAACUUCUGGGUUCAAAAUUUACUAAAUCAGUUGUUGUUGUCGCCAAUGAAAUACCCCAAAUUUGGCAAAAGUGGGAAAAGAAAUCAUUUCUAGCUGCGUGGUUAAAGCAGCAGAACACACCUAAAUUUGACCAGCAUGUACAUUUUUUGUCUUUUGUCUUUUGACUUUCUAAAGGGACUAAAUAGACCAAGGAGGAAUUGCAUGUUCUCCUGCUGUAAUGAGUCAGUUGCAUUUUUGGUUGAUUUUUGUGGUAUUCACAUUAGAUCUCCUGUGACAGGUGGGAUCACAGACAUACCAGGUGCUAGGACUCACCAGUAUGGCAUACAAUACACUGUUAGCGGGUGACUGUUGAAUGAUUCCUCAGUUACAAUGUCGCAGUGUUUGUUAAACAUUGUACGUCACCGAAAGUUUCCAAUUUGCCUUUAUUGUAAUGUAGCUUCUGUGAGAUGGGCAGUUUGUGAAUCUGAAGAGAGAGGGACCAAUUACAAAUAUUGGUUUAUUGCUCAGAAGAUGUAGAUAAAAUCGUAUUGAAAAUUGUGCAAGUCACAAUACGUUCUUCCAUUGUCAUGAAAUAUUAUUGCGACCUCCCUUAACGUACAUGUACACUCCUGCCGAACAUUAGGGUACUCUCUUUCAGUUCCAAAUUGGCCAUUUCAGAUGGACCACUGAAGUAUUGUGCAAUAUUUUGAUUCUUAAUUCCCACUAUUUGGCUUGCUGACUGAACGUUGCCCAACCAGUCCGUGAUGACAACCACAUCAAAGUAAAAGGUCUGGAACCUGAUUUUACUCAGCAGAAUGCCCACCUGUUUUGGUCGCGUAUGCACUUGUGAUAAAGCUUGAAAGACGUACUUAAAUUCCUAGUGGACAUUUUAGAGAGCAUUAUGAGCUCGUUCCAAUUGUACCAUUUAGUGUUUUCAGCUUUAUUCUGUGGCUAGCUUUCAAGAAGCAAGUACAUGUAAUUGCGCUUUCUGACAACCAUGUUUGUCAUUCUCAUUGGAUAUACUUUUGAGUUUGAAUUAAACGUUGACAGUUUUUAACUGACCUUAUAACUGGAGAACUUUGUUAUCUUACACUGUGACAUAAAACGACCAUAGUGCGCAUACUAUCAUCAUUCAUAUUAUUCUCUGCAGUAAAUUCUAAAACACCUUGGUUGCAGCAUAGCACUGUUUACAGUGUCGUGGUAGCAGUUAUAAUUAGGCAACCGUUACCCGCUUUAGUGUAAAAGACCAAAUAGUCAAAGAACAGUCUCAAUUACCAUUCAUUUCAUUGUUUGGUUUCAGGUGUUUUAGAAUGAUGGCAAACUUGAGGUAUUGGUUGUCUCACCAGAUACUGCAAGAGUGGAGCCGUCAUUUUGCCCAAAACCUUGGCUGCCAUCCUGGUUUUGACCUACAUUUUAGCCCCACCCUUACGGUGUUUGGUGAGACAGCCAAUACCUCCAGUUUACCAUCAGUUCUUUAAGUCAGAUAUAUGAUUGGUUAUCGCAUGUUAGUAUUUAUAGUUAAGAUGUUUUUGAGUACACGUGAAUUUCAGGCGAACUGUUGUUCUCAGAACAAGCACAAUCAUUUUAGUUGAAAUAUCUUGUUGUUUGUUUCUUACUGGUUGUGAAGACAACCUUGCACUAGAAUUGACAGCAGCCUUGCCCGAUUCAAUCUAGAAUUGGCAGAAGCCUUGCCUUUCCUAUUCAUGCUAGAAUUGGCAGCAACUUCAGGCCAUUGUAGCUUGGUGUCACCACAGUAGAAACUGAACUGUUUUGGUGAGAUGCCUGCUUUACCCUAGCCUAAGGUAGUUUGACUGAAUGUAUUGCUGUGAUUGAAAAGUCUAUGUACAUGUGUGUGUAUUAUCCUUACAACUACGUCCCUUGCCAUCUUGGGUCUGAUUGUCUUUUAACACUGAUUGAAGGGAAAAUUUGUUCUCAGCCCAGUUGUAAAAUUAAACUGGGGAAGAUACAUAUGUGUUAAUGGGAUGCAUAGCAGGUCUCACACAAGGCUCCCUCACAUAAUCUAUGGAUGUCCCUCAGUCAAGGUUAGGUUUGCUUAUCAGUGAAAUCGAAGGUGUUCUGGGUCUAUAGAAAUGUGAGACCACCAAGUAAGAUGUGAUGGUGAUUUUGAAGUCUAUUCCACUAAACUUAAACAUUUGAAAAGAACGCUAAAAACUGUAGGAUAGUGAUCAGUUGGAAACUCACCAAAGCAGCAAUGCAAAUCAGUAAUGUGAAUCGCUUAUAGGCCACCUGUGUGUGCCCUUCUUUAGGUUAGAGGGUUGUGAUUGUACUAGUUGUUUCAUUCUAUGAGGGACGGUCUUCCUCGCCACUGUUAUCUAUUCCCAUACAUUACAUGUAUGUCUUAUAAAUAAUAAUUGAAUAAAAAACAGAUUUUAAAAAGCA